AUGACACAAGCAAACGGAGAUAUGGAACGAAGAAUAACAGAAUCGGUUGCAGAAAUUAUGAGAGGAGAGGCUAUAGAAGCAUUCAGAGGAAGUAUGAUUUACACAGAUGAUCCCAAGAAAUCUAAAAAGGACCAUUUUGAAAAGCUUAAAAAAUUAUGGAUGUCUUGUCCUCAGGACAGUACAGAAGUGAGAGAUAACUUUUUACGAUUCUACAUACAAAAUAUUUAUCUACAACACAAUAGCAAAAGAUCACAGACUCUCUUUGAUCUUUUGGAAAUGUUGGUGGAAAAUAAUGUCAUUCCUUCUCGGCCAAUAUGUGAAGCGUUAUUAACAAGUGAAAGCCUACACUACAAACAGAAAGAACAAUGGAUUCAGAAUUUUGUUCUAAUCAAAAAGAUCAUUGGUGGUGUUGAUUACAAGGGUUGUCGGGAUUUGCUCAGGGUAAUCUUAGAAAAGUGCCAGACAGUGCCUCCAUGUGAAAAUGUAUCUUGUGCUCCUCAAGUUGAUUGUGCAGUUGAGGUCGUCUCAGCAAUUAUUGACCGGAAUUCCUGUUUGCUUCCAAGCUAUCUAGCUGUUUUUGAAAUUACCAAACUCUGUCCUGAUGAUAAAAAAUGGCCCCAUUGGAAACUUGGAGAAGUCCUGGCCGAAUUUAUCCAAAGUUUUCGAUUGACAGCACACAUGGUUUCUAUUGCAGGUCGACAGCACUUGCUUCCUGUCGUGGGGCACUCAAACUCCAACCAUGUCUGGCGUUUAACUGCAACCAACCUACGCUUCACAGUCAGUGGUGCUCUACCUUAUGACAAAGAUAUGCUGGAACCGCAGAAAGGUUUAUUAUGCUAUGUUCUUGAGCAGCCUUACUCUCGAGAAAUGGUGUGCAACAUGCUUGGACUCACAAAGCAAGUGAAACAAAGAUGUGAAGUGUUAGAAGAACAAUUAGUUGAUCUUGUAGUUAUUGCCAUGGAAAGAUCUGAGAAUGAAGAUGCCAGCAAAGAUGACAGUGGUUUUGGCCAGUUGUUAUGGCAACAUCUGGGUAGUCAAUUAAUAUUUUUUGUCCUUUUCCAAUUUGUCAGCUUCCCACAUAUGGUGAUGUCACUUUAUGAGAAGUUGAAAGAUCGGAAUUUGAAACAGGGACGUGAUCAUUUAAUGUGGAUUUUGCUGCAGUUCAUUUCAGGGAGUGUACAGAAGAAUCCUCUUGCUGACUUUCUCCCCGUCUUGAAGCUAUAUGAUUUGCUAUACUCAGAUACAGAAGUCCUACCUGUGCCAGACAUCACCAAACCUCAGUCAACACAUGCUUUAGCUAGUACUUCAAUCUGGAUACAUUUAAACAAAAAGGCCCAAACAGAUAAGGCCAGACUCCAAAGACCGAUACCACAUGCUCUAAAAGAUCAUCUAGAGUUUUUAAAGCAGACUCUCAACAAUAAAAAUUUGCUGUUAGGAGACUAUAAAAUUGCACUACUUUGCAAUGCCUACAGUACAAAUUCGGAGUAUUUUGGACUUCCCAUGGCUGUUUUGGUGGAAAAUAUACAUGGAAACAACAAAAACACAACAUUAUUACCUGGUAAUAUUGUUGCAGGAGCUCCAACUCAACCACUGGCAAUGAACCUGUUGGAUUCCUUGACUGUUCAUGCCAAAAUGAGUCUAAUCCACAGCAUUGUCACCAAAGUCAUUCAGAUGGCCAAGAAAAAAACAAAUAUUGCAUUGGCUCCUGCUCUUGUUGAAACGUACAGUCGUUUGCUAGUGUAUAUGGAGAUUGAAUCUCUUGGAAUAAAAGCUUUCAUAAGUCAAUUGUUACCAAAUGUUUUUGCAAGUCAAGCUUGGGGCAUUCUGCACACACUGCUUGAAAUGUUCAGCUAUCGAUUACAUCACAUUCAGCCACACUACAGAGUUCAACUCCUGGGCCACCUUCAUUCACUUGCUUCAGUGCCCCAAACUAAUCAAAAUCAGCUUCAUUUGUGUGUUGAAAGCACAGCUUUGCGAUUGAUCACUGGUUUGGGUAGUAAUGAAAUCCAGCCUCAACUUUCCAAAGUUUUCAAAGAACCAAAAGGACCCAAUUUUCUCUCUGUUGAUUCUGAAGAACUGAACAGAGCUUUGGUUCUUACACUUGCACGGGCUAUGCAUAUCACAGGUGCAGAGAGCCUUUCAGGAAACUGGUGUUGGGAAAUAUUGAAUUCAAUUAUGCAGCACACUCCACAUGGUUGGCCCAGUCAUACUCUGUCCUGCUUUCCAGCUACAAUCAGUGAAUUCUUUAAUCAGAAACAUGUCCCUAAAGAAGACAAAACAGUUCUCCAAAAGAAUGUGGACACAGAGUAUAAAAAAUGGAGAAGUAUGGCCAAUGAGAAUGAUAUCAUUGCACAUUUUUCUAUGCAAGGGACUCCACCAUUGUUUUUAUGCAUUAUCUGGAAAAAUUUACUGGAUGACAACCGGAUCUCUCCAACUGCAUAUAAAGUCCUGGAAAGACUUGGACCUCGUUCAUUGUCCUCACAUUUGCGCACUUUUGCUGACUUCUUAGUAUUUGAAUUUUCCAGUUCUCCAAGUGGCCCGUCAUUAACAAGAUAUGUUGAUGUGUUGAAUGACAUGGUCUGGAAGUAUAAUAUUGUCACCAUUGACCGUGUUGUACUCUGCCUUGCCUUAAGAAAUCUUGAAGCCAAUGAAGCACAGGUCUGCUGCCUUAUUAUCCAGCUCCUCUUACUACGACCUAAUGACUUCAAGAACAGAGUUUAUGACUUUGUUAGAAUGAACACUGGUGAACAUUGGUUACAGAAUAAUUGGCAUGAAAAUCAUAUGAAAUUCCAUAGAAAAUAUCCUGAAAAAUUUUAUUAUGAAGGAAUUCAAGAUCUUAAUAGUCCAAAUCAACAUCAAUAUUUACCAAUUUAUUUUGGAAAUGUUUGCUUGAGAUUCUUGCCAGUUUUAGACAUCGUUAUUCAUCGCUUAUUAGAAGUACCCUUAACAACAAAAUUUCUGGAAAACAUUUUAGAACCUCUUGGUGGACUUUACAAGUUCCAUGACAGUCCAAUUAUUUAUUUGUACAACACAUUGCACUAUUAUGAAAGCAAACUUAGUAGUCAGCCAACAAUCAAGAGAAAAUUAGUGCAAUCUAUAGUUGGUGCUCUAAAAGAGAUCCGUCCUCCAAAUUGGUGUCUAACAGAGGACUAUCAGAACUACUUACAAAAACCUGCUGAUGAUUUGACUUGGAUACCUGACCAAGACUAUUAUAUUCGUUUAGUGGGGCGCCUUGUUGACACAAUCUCAGAUAAAAUACCAUCCCCUUUUCCAAGUUGUGAUUGGCGUUUCAAUGAAUUCCCAAACCCUGCAGCACAUGCCUUGCAUGUAACAUGCAUUGAAAUUAUGGCUUUGCCAAUCGCCAGCCAGAUAGCAGGAGCAGCACUUCUUGAUGUUAUCCUUACAAGUUGUACACGAGUGCCACGUGAAAAAGUAAUGAGCUGGAUGAAUGCAGUUGGACUCAUUAUUACAUCAUUACCAGAACGAUACUAUUCAGUGCUGAAUGAAAAAAUUAUAGAACAAAUCUGCAGCUCACUUUUAUCUACACCAACUGCUUAUUGUCAACCAUUCCAGUUGUUUAACUUCAAGGUGAGCCAUCAGGUGUAUGCUGAACAAUAUUGCAGUUACCUACUGACUCUGGUUCAUGCAUGCUGGCACCAUGCUGGAAUUGGUCAGCUCAGCCAAAUCCCUGGGUAA